AGGCCAGUUCAGGCACAGUCAUCAUCUCCAUUAUUUUCAACAAAAAAUUAGUGCACAUGACAUCCUUCAAUGGCCCCACCACCCAAAACUAUGCUAUAAAUUUUAGUUUCAGAGCUCCCUACGCUUAUCAACUUCACUCUCUCACUCGAGAAGAAGAGAAAACUCAUUUUGAAGAAGAAUGGAUCUGUGUAGGCGGUCUAAUGCUUACUCAAAGGUGGAUAAGGAGGACCCUGAAGACAUAAUCCACAGAAGGGCACAGUUUCUGAUCCACAAAGUGUUGGAGAAAGCAGAUUCACGCAGAAAGCCGUCAUGCCUCAGACUCAGAAUUUCUAAGUUGAAGAUUAAGAUUGGGAAGAGGCUAAUGAGGCUGAGGAAGCGAAUUAUGUCAGGUGUUUCCACAGUCAGACUUGGCAUUCAUGGACACUUCAUCACUCAACUCAAAACAUGGAAGAGAAUCUUUGGCAGAGAAAAACCUGGAAGACAGUCACAGACCCUCAUCACCCUUCCUCCUCUCAUCAGUUCAUGAUCACUGCCUAAGUCUAAACAUUUUACUAGGAAACUCAUGUUUUAUGCGACACAAUCUCAUGUUUCUAUCUUCUUUUGUUUUUAUGUGUUUGCUUUAGCUGAUACAAAGAGUGUUAAAUCAUAUCAGUUCUGCCUGUAGAUCAAUUUUGAGUUUUUCCUCUUUUGGUACUUUGAGAUUGUGGAAUACGAUGCAGAGGUAGAUGAAACAACAAAUUCUGUCUCUUGUGAAAUAAGUUUCAUUAUUGAUGGAGAGGUGGCAGGGGAGCUAUAAAUAUUAUUAAACGCUUGAGUUGAAA